CCUGAUACUAAUUUUUGUAGCAAGGCUAGUGUAGGUUGUAUGAACGGACAGCGGGGUUUCAUUCACAGCUUUCUAGAAAUUUCCUCUCCCCAUCGCCAAUACACAGUACUGUCAGCACGUAGUAUUGUUUAUGUUUGAAGAAAUUCUGGACUAAAAGGGAAGAAUUUCAACUCAUAUCUGCGUAAUAUUGUUGCUAUUCUCAUCUCGACAACAAUACGCAGUUGGACGCACGCUGAUGGCGGUCACUAUCGAGGAGCUGUAUCGUAACUAUGGGAUUCUUGCUGAUGCCAAGCCGGAGGACCUGAGCCAGCACAAAGAUGCCUAUCAGGUGAUCCUUGAUGGAGUGAAGGGGGGUCCCAAAGAAAAGCGCUUGGCUGCACAGUUCAUUCCCAAAUUCUUCAGCAGUUUCCCAGAGCUGGCGGAUGCGGCAAUCAACGCUCAACUUGACCUGUGUGAGGAUGAAGAUGUUUCAAUUCGGAGGCAGGCCAUCAAAGAGCUCCCCCGUUUUGCAGCCGGGGAGAACAUCGUCAGGGUAGCAGAUAUCCUCACCCAGCUUCUCCAGACAGACGAUUCGGCCGAAUUCAACCAAGUGAACACAGCGCUGGUCUCCAUCUUCAAGAUGGACGCAAAGGCUACCCUGGGAGGCCUCUUCUCUCAGAUCCUGCAGGGGGAGGACAUAGUAAGGGAGAGGGCUGUCAAGUUCCUCUCCAUCAAGCUGAAGACGAUGCCUGAGGACACCAUGACCAAGGAGGUGGAGGACUACAUCUUCACAGAGACAAAGAAGGUGCUGGAGGAUGUGACCGGGGAGGAGUUUGUGCUGCUGAUGCGCAUCCUGAUGGUGCUGAAGGGCCUGCAGACGGUGAGCGGGCGGCAGCAGCUGGUGGAGCUGGUUGUGGAGCAGGCUUUCCUGGAGCAGGCCCUGAACCCCGCUGACCCCGACACAGUGGACCGCCUGCUGCAGUGCACACGCCAGGCCCUGCCCCUCUUCUCUAAAAAUGUCCAUUCCACCCGUUUCGUCACCUACUUCUGUGACCACGUCCUGCCCAACCUCAGCUCCCUGACCAGUCCUGUGGCAGAGCUGGACAUUCAGCUGGAGGUGCUGAAGCUGCUUGCUGAGAUGAGUCCGUUCUGUGGGGACAUGGAGAAGGUGGAGGCCAACCUCACCAUGCUGUUUGAGAAGCUGCUGGAGUUCAUGCCGCUGCCUCCAGAGGCGGAGGGUGAGAACGGCGAGAACACACUGAGCGACGAGCCCAAGCUGCAGUUCAGCUACGUGGAGUGUCUCCUCUUCAGCUUCCACCAACUGGGCAAGAAGCUGCCUGACUUCCUCAUCGACAAGAUCAAUGCCGAGCGCCUCAAAGACUUCAAGAUCAGAUUACAGUACUUCGCCAGAGGGCUGCAGGUAUACAUUCGCCAGCUGCGAGUGGCCCUGCAAGGCAAGACGGGAGACGCACUGAAGACAGAAGAGAACAAGAUUAAAGUGGUGGCUCUGAAGAUCACCAACAACAUCAACGUUCUGAUCAAGGAUCUCUUCCACAACCCACCGUCGUACAAGAGCACGGUCACGCUGUCCUGGAAGCCCGUCCAGAAGGCUGAGGCUGUGGUUCUGAAGCGCCCGUCCGGGGAGGAUAUGGGUGCAGGCAGUACCAUGAAGAAGCAGCUGUCCCCCCCACUGCCCCGGAGGGACGCACGGCAGAUCUACAACCCCCCCAGCGGCAAGUACAGCGCCACCAUCGGCAACUUCUCCAACGAGCAGCGCGGAGGCUUCAGGGGCGGCCGAGGACGAGGAUUCGGAGGGAGGGGUGGCAGGAGCCGAGGCCGAAUCUACUGAGUCCAUCAUCCCACACACACUACACACACAUGCACACACUACACACACUGAACUGCAGCACAUCAGGAUCCCUGCCGUAACCAAGGGGGUCUCCAUGACCACCGCUCCUCAACCUGUCCCCACUUGUUCUUUUUCCUCUGUAGUUUUUUGGUUGUUUCCUGUAGUUUUUUCCCCUCCCUCUUAGAGGAAAUCCACUUCAAGGAGACUGGGCUUUGAACUUUUCUACCUGACAUUUCUAUCCUACACUCUUCCCCGGUGACGCGAUUGUUCAAGUAGAUCCUCAUGGUUUUUGUUUAGUUUAUUUUAUUCUGAGUAUUUUUGUGGAACCAGAGACUGCCAAGUUGUACCUGAUUGAUAUUUUUGUCUGGGAAAAAAAUUGUUUUAUAAACUGGUGACGAACGCUUUCUUUCAAUUUUUAAAUUUCAUCUUUUUUUUUUUUUUGAGCUUGGAUUUGGAUUGGCCUACUCUCUACGCUACUUUGUAUGAAUCGAUAAUGUUUUCAUCUGAAUUUUUAUCAAACUUGUAUUGAAGUCUCACUACCAUGCCCUUUUUGUUUGUGUAACACCUUGUUAAAAUAAGACAAUUGCAUUGGUUUUCAAUGUAUUCUGAAUUUUUUGGUAGUAGAAAAACGAGAUUAUUUCCUCUGCAAAACAGGUUGUGUUACGCCGAAUAGAUCACUAUUACAAAGUUGAUUCGUUUUAUUAUUGGACAUUGGUUUUCAUUCAAAUCAGCCAAGGCAGAUUGAGGAUUUGGGACUAACUCCCAAGUAACUUUUCUACUAAAUUUAAAUUAGUUUAGAGCCUCAAUUUGAGUUAUCCACAUGUGUUUUGCAUGCUUUUUAUUUUAUUAAACAUUUCUCCCCAUAAAUGUUAUUUAAACUUUUUGGAUUAAAAAAAGGAAAACAAAUCUGA